CCGCUAUAUAAGCGUGCGCGGGGUCCUGCGGCGCUCGCUCGCGCUCGGGGAGGCUGAGGCGACGGCAGUAGCGGGAGAAGGAGGCGCAGCAGCAGCAACGAUGGCGGAUUUCGACUCUUACGACGAUCGGGCCUACAGCAGCUUCGGAGGCGGCCGCGGGUCUCGCGGUGGUUCUGGCCUUGGCCCCCGUAAACAGAAAGAGCUUCCAACAGAGCCCCCCUUCACUGCAUAUGUUGGCAACCUUCCCUUCAACACAGUCCAGGGAGACAUUGAUGCCAUCUUUAAGGAUCUCAGCGUAAGGAGCGUCCGGUUAGUCAGAGACAAAGAGACAGAUAAAUUUAAAGGAUUUUGUUAUGUAGAAUUUGACGAGGUCGAAUCACUUAAAGAAGCUCUGACCUACGAUGGAGCACUUAUGGGCGACCGAUCCCUCCGAGUGGACAUCGCCGAAGGCAGGAAGCAAGAUAAAGGCGGUUUUGGCUUCAGGAAAGGUGGCGGCCCGGAAGACAGAGGCAUGGGCAGUGGUCCGCGGGAAUCGCGAGGAGGUGGAUGGGAUUCCAGAGAUGACUUCAAUUCUGGUAGCUUCAGAGAUGACGACUUCCUGGGAGGCCGGGGCCGGACGCGUCCCGGAGACCGGCGAGGGGGCGCUCCCCCCAUGGGAGGCACUGGCCGCUUCCGAGAGGGACCUCCCAUGCGUGGAUCUGCCAUGGACUUCCGAGAGCCCACAGAAGAGGAGCGCGCCCAACGGCCCCGACUGCAGCUCAAGCCCCGGACGGUCGCGACGCCCCUCAACCAAGUCGCCAACCCCAAUUCUGCCAUCUUUGGCGGCGCCAAGCCCCGGGAGGAAGUCGUCAAAGGAGAGCAGGAAUGAGCCGGAGGGGUUGCGGGCGAGCGAGCGAAGGAGGAGCGUGCCGGGGAAAGGGGGAGGGGGGCGCUGGGGGGGGGCGGGAGGAAGCAAGCACCAGGCCAGCGCCUCCUCCUCCUCCUCCUCGGCUGUCCUCGGAACAUUUCACCCUGCGGCCACCAUUCCUGCCAUCCGACACCAUUGUCCUCCUCGAAACAGAAAUGGGUAAAACAAAACAAAAAAGAAAGAAAAUAUCAAACAAAACAAACCAGAGCUUGUGAAUGCAUGUCAGCUGUUAACAAGUGGUUUUAUUUUAGUACGUCCUUGGCUUUGCUGUAUCUAGUGCCUGCCUUGUCUUUCUCCCGCCUUCUCUUUCUCCAGUGUUUCCGCCCUUCUUUCCGGGCACCGUUUCCGUGCCCUUCCUCCCUCCCUCUGCAUGGCCAUGUCCAGGACCCCGGCCGAGGGGAACGGGCUUCAAACACCUCAAACCCCGAUACGAGGACACCUUCAUGCCGUGGGAGAUCUAGAAUCACUCGCUUUUUGCCCACUCCCUUUAAAAGGUUUCAAUGAGCAAAUGAGAGCAAUUGGAGACCCACAGGCUUUUCCAGACCACUUUUGUGCCUCACAUUGCCUCUUCCUCUCGCUCUUAUUUUCACCUUCCGUUCCAUUUUUUCUCUCUCAAUUGGGGCUCUCUUUGACGCUCCCAUUCAGACAAUUUUAUGGUGGAAAUAUAGGUUAUUUUCUCAAUCUUUUUUAGCUGCUCCUUCCUGGCCUAGAACGGUAUUGUGAUCCCGGGGAGUCACAAAAAAUUAUCGCCCUUCGCUGUCGAAAGAGUUGGCGAUCUCCGCUUAAAUCCGAUGGCUGAGGAACCUGGGCUUUGUAGUUUAGCUGUAGUUUAAAGGCCCCUCCUUAAACUGCACAUCCCAGCAUUCUGCAAGAGGCAGAAAGUGGGAUCGGAAAGAAAGAGUCGGGUGGCAACGUAAAGAUGAUCACCCUUUGCUGUCGAAAGAGUUAGUGAUCCCACUUUAAAUCCCAUGGCUGUUUCCUGAAGAAACCUGGGCUUUGUAUUACCUGUAGUUUAAAAGUCCCUCUCUAAACUACACAUCCCAGCAUUCUACAGGAGACCGGCAUAGGAUUUAAAGUGGGAUCGCAACUCUUUUCACCGUGAAUUGUGAUCAUCUUGGUUGGAUCCCAUUGCUAGGAGAUCCAGUGUUUUUUCCCCCAUGUAAAAUAGCAGGCAAGUCAUCCUUUUCUCUUUAAAAUAAAGGACACCCGCAGUGAAAAUAGUCCUAAUUUGAAUAGGGCUGAUAAUAGCCCGAUGGACAGAACAGUUUGAUCAAAUCUUAAGCGUCUCUCUUCUUCUUCUUCCCUUUGUCUUUUAUGUCUGUUCCUCAAGAAUAAGAACCAUUUGUCUGACGCUCCUUUUCCUUUUAAGACAUGCCUUGUGUGUCUGUGUGGUUGUGUCCCAGCACCGAAUCCCAUCAAAGAACCUCUCUUCUGUUUUAAAUAAAACGACAGUGCAGAAGAGUCGAGAUUUUAAGAAGAGCAAACGACAAAACAAAACCAGGCUUCCCAUCCGAGACUCACUGAAUGGUCUUUUGGUUUGUUGGUUUGUUUUUUUUUCUUCAAUGUGUAAAACUUCCAAACACUGAACACAUCAUUCUGCUUUCAUGACAAAAAGUCAAAAAAAAAUUUAUGGAUAUGGUAUUUUGUGAAUGAUCUUUUAAAUAAAGAAAACAUUAAGUAAGA